AUGGCUUGUGAAGGCCCAGGAUGGCCCGGGUGCGUGAGCCUGCCCCUUUUCUUUUGCCAGGCCUGCCAGGCGCGUGCUGCUGACGAGGAGGCCCAAGAUGGCCACGGAAAGUUUCUAGAAGGGGAAUGGAAUGAGGCGAUGAGAGUCAUCUCGCAAGAUUCAGAUGACGUGAAGAAUCUGAAUGAAAGAAGUUGCAUGCGAGCACAUGUCAAGCACCUGGUGCUCUCACCUUGGACUCAGCGGCUUCCGUGUCAGGUGAAGCGCCGUAGCCGGAACUUCAAGAAGCAGCUGACAGAUUUGCUGAUGAUUGCUGACAUCCCCCUGGUGCCGCCGGGGAGAGGGAUCGUGUCACUGACCAUGACAGGUGUGGGCGUACCUAGCGAAGCCUCGGAGAAAGUAGGCAUCUUCGCCUCCGAUUCACUUGCACCUUCCAAAAGCCCAGUGUUGGAAGUGGCAUGUGGUGGGGGUGGCGUUCUGGUCCUGGAAACACGACUGCUUGAAACUUGCCAGGUCGACCCGCCGGCGGACGACCCGGCGAAGGAGCGGAUCUCUACAGACGCCCGGAUCUGCAGCAUCCUUCGGGGCCUUGAAAGCGUCGAGCUGAGUAGCAACGUCACCACGGAGGAGCUUCAGGCCCACUUGCAAGAAGCUCUUGCUGACGGCUGGACGCCCAGCGCGCAGCUGAGCCUCCAGGCCCUGGCACGCUGCUUGGGCCCAAGCCCGGCCUGCGAGGCGAAGGAGCCCGCGGAGGCGGCGCCGGCGCCGGACAAGUACGACCUCGGGGACAAGAAGCAGCUGGCGCAGUUCCUGGAGAAGGCGAACAUCCGCCUGGUGCGCGUCCAGUUCCUGCAAAAACUCCACCGCGAAGGCCGGCGCCUCCCGCGGCGCCAGGAGGCCGAGUCCGCCCACGUCCAGGUGGGGGACGGGGUCCGCACCGCGCUGGCCACGCACAAGGAGGUCCUGGGCUGGGCGAGGGGAGAGAAGACUGAGAUCGGGAGGGUCGUGUCCGUUUCACACGUUUGGGAGGCGCGCGAGCAUCCAGACCCCUACGGCUUCCAGUUGCAAAAGCUUGCGACGUCAGGGAAGCUGCGGGGGCAGGAUUGCUUGUUCGUGGACUACGUCUCACUUUUCCAGUUUAAGAGGCUCGACGAAACGCAGGAAGAGAGCUUCAGGCGCGCCAUGAAAAACAUGCACGUUCUUUAUGCGCAUGAGCACACUGAUACGUUGCGUGUCGAGAGCCUCACCCCCGAGGGGCGAAUCAAGGAUGCAUGGUGUCACGGAGAGCUCGUUGAGGUCUACGACCUCCGCAGCGGUCACGUCAAGCCGGUGUUGGCGGCUGACCUCAUUCAAAACCGCACUGCGUACCACCAGCGGGGGUGGUGUGUUGCCGAACUUCAGUGGUCCUCCACGCGAUCCGAGAGCAACCGGUCGCAAGAGGUGGACAGCUCCGAGUCGGACCAGGCCGGCAUCGCGCCGAUGGAUCCGGACACCUUCCGAGCCACCGUAGGGGACACUCUUAAAUUCACCCAUCGGAGCGACGCCGACGCAGUAAUGCAAUUGCAGAGGCGCGUUUUUGAAGAGAAGGCGGCGAGCUGCAAAGCGCUCAAGCUUUCAAAUCUCAGCGCCGAUGCCUUAGCCGUAGGGCUGACGUCUCUGCACCGGUACCCGCAGCUGGAGAGCCUCGCCAGGCAAGCAGCGCAUGACUACUCUUCCUAUCCGUUGAGUUUGGCCAUCGUGCGCAGCGCCCUCACACCCAACCUUCCGCAGCUGCUUCAGGUCCUGGAAACGAAGGCGCUGGCGAAGCUAGAGCUGGACGGCGUGAACCUGAUUGAGGAAGGCGCCCGCCAGCUCGCGGAGGCGUUUUGCCUCAGCUCGACGCUCACGGCGCUCACGCUGAGCAACGACGGUGCUUGGGGCGUGGCGUUGGACCUGGAGGCGCUCAUGCAGAACGCGACGCUGACGCAGCUGAGCCUUCAGGGGAGUGCGAUCACGCAGGACGGCGCCUCUGUGCUGCUGAAGGCACUGCAGUCGAACACGACGCUGGCUCGGAUGGAUCUCUCCGAGAACGACAUCGGCAUGGCCGCGCUGGCGAUAGCAAGGGCGAUGCAGGGGAAGCAGGUGGCCUGCCACGUGUCCCACCCCCACGUGGAGCUCCUGAGUCUGAUGAAGUCCUGGGGCGAGAGCUGGGAGCAGCUGGAGCAACGACUGCAUCAGCUGCUGCGAGCACACGAGCUGGAGCUGGACUUCCGGGGCAAGAGGAUGGGCCCAGACGGAGCCCGCUUCCUGCGCGGUGCUUUCGGCCAGCAGCUUCAGGAGCUGAGCCUGAAUCUGAGAAACAACGAGCUCGGCCCGGGGCUGAGCUUUCGACAUCAUUGA